CGUCGUCGAAGUCUAUCAAUCUUUCAAUUUCAUCAUUAAGAUUAAUCAUGCUUCCUUUUGCUCGUAACUUUUUUCUUGCAUGCGGUUAUUUAAUCCAUGCACUUCUUGUGCUCUGGACCACAGCCACCCUUGCCGUGUCUGCAGUUAAGUAUUAAUUUAGCUCGGAUGAAUUUCAGUUUUUUAGAACACGAAGUCACUUCCAGACAUUAAAUUCCAAUAAUUUAGGACAUCUCGUCGUCAUCCUCUCUGGUACCGGUUUCUCAUUGUAAUUGUAGAAUAUCUAGAACAGAAAGCACCAAUUCAAAAUUGAAGUUAGACUUAGAAGGCAUCGACUUUUACCUAGGUAGAUCGAUGACCAGCACAGGCACUGCCGGUGGCCUGCUGCUCACAUUUAUUGCUUAUUUCGGUUUGUAAAAAUUUGACUUGCGCCUACUCUUGGAAGUAGAAAGACCCCCUUGCAGUACAAGCAGCCAGUAUGGUGCUCCACAUUCGUAUCCAGAAAAAAAAACCCAUCCACAUCCAUUUUGCUGUUUUUUUUAUGCAAAAAAACCCUGAAAAAAAAUGAAAAAAAAAAUAAAUUCUAAAAUUAUUUUCGCAUGAUGCACGUGAAGAAAUGUAACUAACGCAACUAGCUAGUGGCGUCCAUGGCACAUAGUAUCACUAGAUGAUUUUAAGCUAGCUAGGCCCAAGCGAGAUACGCCGCGCGACCAAGUACAGAACCGAGGAGAAGGCUGGUCUCGUCGAUUUGACCUUCGCUGGCCCCACAUGGGGCCAGCGGCGAUCUGCGCCUGCGAGGAGGACUUGUGCGAGAUCUGCGACCCGUCAUCAGCUGCGAGUGUUUUGCUUUGCACCUAGCUAGUUUGAUAUCUUCCUUCUGUGCCUGUUAACGACGCCACUUUAGCUAGAUCAUUUUGACAUAGAUAUUUUGAGAAGCCUAUCCGCACAAACCUGAAAACUUUUUGAAAAAAAUGGUUCAUUUUUUAGAUGAAAAAAUAGCAAAAAAUGAUGGGUUUUUUUUCCUGGAUAAUUCGUAAGAAGCGUUCAGUGUUGAAUUUCAGUGACUCAGCAAGGCAGGAUGGUUAUGAUCGUAUUGUGGUCAGAGUCACCAAAGAGCAGAAGGAGGUACCGAUUUAUUGCACAACUUGAUGCCGAAGAUGAAUGAAGAUAGUAAAAUGCUUUGUACAAUGAUUGUUUCGACGAAAAAAAAACACGAUAACAGUACCAGUAGCAGCUUAGUAGUAAGAAAGUACUACGAGCAAUCCCAAACGUCGGUCUAGAUUCUUCGCUUCAGGGUGGUUCUUAGGCUGGCAGGUGGUCGAAAAGUG